AUGACAUCUUGUUCAAACUUAAAUAGAAUUGAAUGCCAAUCAAAUACAAAGGUCAUAACAGUUCCAAUAUCAACAAGUAAAAAAUUCGUUGAACCAUUCAAUCGUCUUAAAAAUCGAGGUAAUUUAUUUCGUCGAAAAAAUUAUUCAUCUCAACUUAAUUUAAAUUCACAAUCAAAUAAUAAUCGAUCAUCUUCAAAUACUGAUCAUAUUGUUCCAUCACAUGACUUAUUAAUAACACGUUUUAAUAAUACGGGUGAUAUUAUUCUUAAACGUUCAAAUUCUAUGAUAUGUCCACAAAAAUAUUUACAAACAUUUUUAAAUCACAAUCAAAAUAAUAAUAAUAAUAAUAAUAAUAUAAAUCAUCGUAAUUCAAUUUGUAUUGAAUUAACUGGUUGUUCAACAGACGAAAGUUCAACAGACGAUUAUCAAUUAAUUAAAUCAUCAUCAAAUUGUUAUUGGUCUAAACCAAUUUCAUCAAAAAUGAAUGAUAUUGAUGAAAAUGAAAUUCUAUCAUCUGAUCAACCUUGUACUAUAAUUGAAGAAUCCAAUAUUAAUCAUAAUAAUGAAAAUGAUCAAGAAGAAAAAGUAUUGUCAUCAUUACCCAACAAUAAUAACAACAGUGAACAUACGUCUAGCAUUCUUCCAUUAUCUCAGUCAACUAUGGAUGUUAUUAUAAGAGAAAAAGAAGAUAAAGAAAAACAACAAGAACAGAUAUCUUCUAUGACUAUUCCAACUUCUAUUAUAUCUUCAUCUCAUUCAUCAUCAUCGUCGUCAUCGACAGUUAUAUUACGAGAUCAUGCUGAAACAAUUCGUACACGUCGUCAGUGUCAUUCAAGUAUAUCUCUUUUACAACAUCAGCAACGGCAACAAGCUUUAUCAAUAUCAUAUGAAGAACCAUUUUAUGAUUGUAAACAACAAAUAUUAACAAAAAAAUCGAAUCAAAAUUUAGAUAUGUCUUUAACUAAAAUUUCAAUAUGUACAAUGACUGGUAGAUCAUUAAAUAAUCUUGAUGAAUCUUUAUCAACAAUAUCAUCAGAAGAAAAAGGUGUACAAACAACAUUAAAUGAACCAAUAAAUACUAAUAUUUGUAUUAAACGAGCCAUUUCUUCAACUAGUUUAUCAUCAUCAUCAACAUCAAUGCAAACCGAUUCACUUGAAAAAAAACCUAAAAUGCCAUUAUCAACAACAAUUGAUGAAACAACAUCAACUAAUGAUAUCGAUACAUCAACACAUUUAAAUAUUCAAUAUCAAACUGAACAACAUUAUAAAUGGCCACAUAUACAUGAAAGAUUACUUGGUGAACAAGCAUGUAUUUAUUGGGUUAAUUAUUUAGGUAAAUAA